AUGACCGAUAAACACCCCAAACAACCUGUUACUGUUCAAGAUGUAUUUGUAUCAGCAAUAACAUCAUCUCUUGCUCCAAGUUCUCCUAAGGGAGAUCCUAAUUCCUCUCCUCAAAUACCUUUUGAUGAUGAUGAUUCAUAUGUAGCACCAUUUUCUCUACAUAUCUUGACACAGAAUUUUAAAAAGAUAUCUUCUAGAAUUGGAAUCUUGUUUCAAAUUAAAGAUAAUCUAACAUCAAUAUUUCAUUGGGAAAAUCCCUAUAAAACUUUCUCAUUUUUAUGUAUUUACACGUUAAUAUGUAUGAACCCAUUUCUUAUUGUUAUGAUACCAUCUGCAGUACUUAUAUUUGGGUUUCUUUUACCAUCUUAUGAGACUCGCUAUCCAGAUCCUUAUUCAGAUAUUAUUUCAUUAAAUAAUAAAGAUAUUACAGCAUCUAAGAAAUCUAAUACAAAUGGGAAAUCAUCAGAGGCAAAGGAUUUUACUCUUAAUAUAAGAAAUAUUCAGAAUUCUAUGUCAGAAUAUACACAAUUUUAUGAUUUAGUUUAUGGGUUUCUUUUAAAAUACACUAGUUUUAAUGAUGAUAAAUUAAGUUCGACUGUUUUUCUUUUUUGUAUUAUUAUAUCUCUAUUUCUUAUGAUAUUUUCUCAUUGGAUUUCUUUGCGCUUAAUAUUUCUAUUGUUUGGAUGGAUUUCAGUUUUAUCUAUAAAUACUAAUGUGCAAAAAGCUAUCAGGACUUUAAUUGAAGAAUAUAAAAAAAAUAAACUACAUCUUGAAUCAAAUUUAUUUUUUAACUUUGAUUAUAUACACAAUUGGAUAAAUUAUAAUUAUAUAGCACCAGAAAUUCAGAAAAAAGCUGUUUUUGUGGAGAUAUUUGAAUUUGAAUUAAAAACAGAUCAAAAAAAUGAGAAACUUAUUUAUUAUUCAUCAAAUCCUUAUGCAGUACCACCUAACAAAACAUCUACACCUGCAGAAGAAGGAUUGAGGGAACUUUUAUAUGAUGAUUCUUCUAUUACUGGAUCUAUAAAUUGUAUUUAUCCCCCAGAAGGCUACAAAUUUGAAAAAAAUAGUUUUUGGAAAGUAGACGAUAGUAAUUCAGAAAAUUUAUCUUUUAAUUUGAAUCAUAAGGAUUGGCGUAGAAGAAAACUCAGGAGAGAAGUGGUUUUAUCAUAAUAGGUUUUUUUUUUUUAU